AAUAAGGUUCGUUCAUCACAACCGAUUCGGCAAAUAGAGUAGUGCAAAGAUGAGACCACUUUACUUUCUACUGCUAGUAUUUGCUGUGGGUCCACAAACACUUACGGCAUGUCGUGAUCGUAGCACGCCGGAUUGUUCAUCCUAUAGGUCUGGGGAACUUCUGCCGGACGAAUAUAGCUGCUAUCGUUACUACAUCUGCAGACGUGGCAGAGCUAUAUCGCGCAGAUGUCGCAGGGGAUUGCAGUUUGAUUCUGAGACGAAAGCUUGUACAUUCCCUGAUCUUGCUAAGUGUUAUGUAAAUCGGGAAAAUCAAGAUACGGAUGAUGGAGAAAGAGAGUAUCCAUUUUAUUUCCCGGAACCAUUUGAAGAACCAUCAUGUAUAACAACACCACCGCCGUGCGUUACAACACCACCGUGUGAAACAACACCACCGUGUGUUACAACACCAACACCGUGUAUAACAACACCAACACCGUGUGUUACAACACCAACACCAUGUGCAACAACACCAACACCAUGUAUAACAACACCAACACCGUGCGUUACAACACCACCAUGUGACACACCAACGCCAACGCCGUGUGCUACGCCAGAACCAACACCCUGUGCAACACCGGAGCCAACUAUAAUAACAACAACAAAAACAACAACUACCAAGCCAACAACCACAAAAUCAACCACCACCAAAAGCACCACUACAAAGACGACGACCACAAAGACUACAACAACUACGUGUGAACCAGAAACAACUACGGCACCCUGCACAACUCCUUCGCCAACACCGUCAUGUGAUACACCAACACCAACACCCUGCACGUGUAAGUCCACAACACCCACACCAUGUGAAACCACACCAACUACAACAACCUGCACAACUCCAACAACCACAAAAUCAACCACCACCAAAAGCACCACUACAAAGACGACGACCACAAAGACAACAACAACUACGUGUGAACCAGAAACAACUACGGCACCCUGCACAACUCCUUCGCCAACACCGUCAUGUGAUACACCAACACCAACACCCUGCACGUGUAAGUCCACAACACCCACACCAUGUGAAACCACACCAACUACUACAACCUGCACAACUCCAACAACCACAAAGUCAACCACCACCAAAAGCACCACUACAAAGACGACGACCACAAAGACAACAACAACUACGUGUGAACCAGAAACAACUGCGGCACCCUGCACAACUCCUUCGCCAACACCGUCAUGUGAUACACCAACACCAACACCCUGCACGUGUAAGCCCACAACACCCACACCAUGUGAAACCACACCAACUACAACAACCUGCACAACUCCAACAACCACAAAGUCAACCACCACCAAAAGCACCACUACAAAGACGACGACCACAAAGACAACAACAACUACGUGUGAACCAGAAAUAACUACGGUACCCUGCACAACACCAACGCCAACACCGUGCAUAACAACACCAACACCCUGCACGUGUAAGCCCACAACGCCAACGCCGUGCAUAACAACACCCACACCGUGUAUAACAACACCAACACCGUGUAUAACAACACCAACGCCGUGCAAAACAACACCCACACCGUGUAUAACAACACCAACGCCGUGCAAAACAACGCCAGCACCCUGUACAACAACACCAGAACCGUGUGUAACAACGCCAUGUGCAACAGCAGAAAUUUUGUGGCAAUUCGAUUAUUAUGACGAUGACGAUCGUGAUGAGAGUGAUGCAUCCAAUCUUCCUGCGGAAUUUUACACUUCCGAAAGUGAUUGCGUCAACUUGAGCGAUGGUACCUAUCUCGCAGACCGCAGAUUUUUCCGCCGCUUCUACGUGUGCCUCAACGGGCGUGUAGAGAGAUUGAGAUGCCCGCACGGCUUCUACUUUGAUAGAGUCGUGAAGAGUUGCCGUUCUCGCCGCGAGGGGAGAAACUGACAAUUUACUCCAUGAAUACAUAUAGCAUCGUAGAACAGACCCGGCACAGAACCAAAUACUCUCCAAACACUAUCCUUAUUAAAUAUUGUGCGCGCAUAAAUUAAUCUAUUCUAAACUUGUUAUUCGCAGCAGCAGCUGCAAAAUAUGUGUAUUAUAAAAAGAGCAUUCCAAAAAUCCAA